AUGCCCCAUCAUGAACUCUCUGGCUGGUGCGGGAAGCAUGCCGGCCAUGGCAUUCUGGAUGCUGGGUCUUUUGACUCUUGCUAUUUGCUAACAGCCGUGGGGCCGGCGCUGCUGCUGCUGGCGACGUACGUCAAGGUGCCCUACCUCAUCGGCUCUUUUGCGGUGCUCACCGUCGCUUGGGCCGUCAUCCUGACCCUCCUGCUGCUGAGCAUGCGCUGGCGCGUCCAGGCACGGCUGAAGCCCCUGGCUGCCGGGGUCGCGGCCCUGUACGCCCUGCUGGCCUACAGCGCCGGGCAGUAUGCGUGGCAUGGCCGGGGCCGGACCCCAUUUGAGUCACGCUCUGCCCUGGCAGUGGCGCUGGGGACCUUCCUGGGGGCAGCCUGGUUUGCCUCGGCGGAGACCCGCAAGUGGGUUUGGUUUGUCGACCCCGCCGAGGACGAGGCGCUGAUGGAGUCAUUGCUGGGGGACGUGGAGGCGCCCGUGGGGGCCUCCACGCACUGGACCCUGGCGUCCAAGAACCGAAAGCACAGCUGGGUUUCGCUGCUGGCAAUCGCGGCCAAGUACAUGUGGCCCGAGGAUGUCUGGCUCCAGGUGCGCGCGUCGGUCUGCGUCCUGCUGGUGGUGGCCAUCCGCCUCCUCAACCUGGCAGUGCCCUUCCUUUAUAAAAAGGUCGUGGACGAGUUUGCGGCGUUCUCGGCCCGGACGCAUGCGCAGCCGCCCACCCACUACACGUUCUGGGAGACAUUCUAUCCGUACGUCGCGGCUUACAUCGUCGUCUACUUUUUCCAGGGCGGGGCCGGCGGUGGGUCGGUGGGCAUCAUCAGCAACCUGCGCUCCUUCCUCUGGAUCCCCAUCUCCCAGAACAGCUACAGGCGCGCCACCCUGGACAUCUUCACGCACGUGCUGGACAUGGACCUCACUUUCCACCUGCACCGCAAGACGGGGGAGCUGCUGCGCAUCAUGGACCGCGGCACGAACUCGAUCCAGACCAUGCUGAGCACGGUGGUGUUCUCCAUCGGCCCCUCCAUCUUCGACAUCGCGGCCGCCAGCAUCUACAUCGCCCUGUCCCUCAAGUUCUGGAUCGCCAUCAUCGUCUUUGUCACCCUGGGCGGCUACAUCCCCGUCACCAUCUACCUCACCAUGUGGCGCGGCAAGUUCCGGCGCGAGCUCAACCGCCUGGACAACGCGGUGCGGGCCAAGGCCGCCGACGCGCUGCUCAACUACGAGACGGUCAAGUACUUUGGGAACGAGGGGUUCGAGCGCGCUACCUUUGCGCGCGCCAUCGACGACUUCCAGGUGGAGGACUUCAGGCUGCAGGCCUCCCUGAACCUGGUCAACGUCGCGCAGUCCUUCAUGAUCUUCGCCGGCCUGGCGGCGGGGCUCCUGGUCUGCACCCAGGGCAUUGCCGAUGGCAGCCUGUCUGUGGGAGACGCCGUCCUUUUUGUCACGCUGAUGCAGCAGCUGUACGCGCCGCUCAACUUCUUUGGGACCUACUACCGAGUGAUCCAGCAGUCCAUGAUCGACAUGGAGAACAUGUUUGAGCUGCUGGCCAAGCAGCCCAGCAUCAACGACUCGCCAGGCGCCACCGACCUGGCUGUGACUCAGCACGACGUCAGCUUCAAGGACGUGUCCUUUGAGUACCAUGCGGGGACCCGGGUGCUGAGCAACGUCAGCUUUGCCAUCCCCGCCGGUAAGACGGUGGCCCUGGUGGGGGCCACCGGCUCCGGCAAGUCCACCAUUCUGCGUCUGCUCUUCCGCUUCUACGACCCCUCCGCUGGCGGCAUCUAUGUCGGGGGCAAGGACAUCUCGCAUGUGACCCAGGCGUCGUUGCGUGCCGUCAUCGGCGUGGUGCCACAGGACACCGUGCUCUUCAACGAUACAGUGCGAUACAACAUUGCGUACGCGCGCCCCGACGCCAGCCAGGAGGACAUCGAGGCCGCCGCGUCCGCGGCCUGCAUUGACGAGGUGAUCAAGACCAAGUUCCCCAUGGGCUACGACACGGUGGUCGGGGAGCGGGGCCUGCGACUGAGCGGCGGGGAGAAGCAGCGCGUGGCAUUCGCGCGCGCCAUCCUGAAGAACCCUGCCAUCCUGGUGCUGGACGAGGCAACGUCCUCGCUGGACGGGCUGACGGAGGCGCGCAUCCAGGCCAGCCUGGCGGCCCAGCGCGCGGACCGCAGCGUGCUCAUCGUGGCACACCGCCUGUCCACGGUGGCCGACGCCGACGCCAUCGUGGUACUGGCGGAGGGGCAGGUGGUGGAGCGCGGCAGCCAUGCGCAGCUGCUGGAGUGCGGCGGCCUGUACGCGCGCAUGUGGCGGCGCCAGGCUGAAGCCGCCGCGCACGGCGAGGAGGAGGGGGGGGCGCCUCGCUCGGGCCCGGUCUCCGCCUCGACCUCGGGCGAGCCGCUGAGUGCGCUGGGGAAUGGCGCGCUGCCGGGGCCACCUGCGCUGUGA